AAGCAAGACCUAAAACUCACACUCCAUGCCACCGUUUCCAAUACUCCGUCCCCGCCCAGACAAACACGCUGCACGUAAGGCCUGGGAAGCCUCCUGGGCCGCCGACCUCGAGGCCUACUUUAAGCCUGAACUGUCACUACACCGGUUCUCCAGGCUGAUUCUAUCUACAUCUAGGGACACGCUUGCUUUCUGUGCCGAGCCACAGAACGUGCUUGGGGACGACGAUCGCAUCAAAAACAUCUGUGGUGUGGACAUCGACAUGGCGCGAUGCUUGAAUCCUCACGAUUGGCAAUCGUUCCAAGACGGCUGGCGCGGCUUGUCAAGCGAAAGGCAGGGAGAGAUCAUUCUCGAGGGACUCUAUCACACGUCGUGUAUCGGAUCCAACAAGCAGUUCCGUGGUCAUUGCCCCGAGGUGACGCUCGCACAGGGUGGCCCCGUUAUUCCUCGAUUCUACGCCGAUGCAAACUGAGGAGAAACCGGUGCAAAACCAGCCAAAAGGGUCUAAAACACAGUAAAAGUGGCGGAAAAAUGAGUUUUGCCUUCGGUUUUUUCGGGUGAAAACCGGAUAAAGUUGGGGCCUUGUUGGAUCAGUUUUUGGCUAAUUUUACGCCGGAAAAAAGUGCACUUACCACCCAGUGUCGAGAAUCUGGCGAAGGGCGGUGGAUGAGAGCUUCUCCGGCUGUUGUCUCACUGGACGCCGAAUAUUCCGAAUCUCACGCAUGCAACACAUCUGGAGUAUGUGUGUGUGCCUAACCCGACCACAUCGUUAGCCUAUCCGAUGCAGAGGCCCAAGUACCCGAUACGAAAGCGACGGCGCGGAUGUGUCGUAUUAACAGAAUGCAGUCCAUGUCAAUUUUGCUUGGGAAGAUUGAAACAUCUACCGGGUCUAUCACGAAAUCGAAGGGCCCACGCACGAUACGCUAAACACGGCAACAUAACUUCCGCAAACAAGAAGCAGCUCAAGUCACUCCUAGAUUUACAAUACAGAAAGGGCUUCUUCAAGAAGUGGCCACCACAACAAGGGCAAGAAUCAGCUCAAUAGCGGGCGCACGAAGGGGUGUAGCAAGCGUGCCGCGCUCGGCAUCAGAGUUUACUAUUUUUCCAGGAGUGCCAAGUUGCAGCGGUCUGGAAGAACGGGGUGCUUGGAUCACACAAGGUGCUAUGUGGCAAUCAUAGCCUCUAUCUGGAACGAACGAGCUUCUCGCUUGCGAUCUGCGUCUAUGUGUAAUUGCGCUAUAUCUGCUUACACGCUGUGCAUCUUCCUUCGUGUAUCCCGACUGACUUAUACCACUAUCUAUGUGCUCAGUACUUAUGCUCCGAGCGCAAUCGAGAGUCUUGAAU